UUUUUUAGUUUAUGUGAGCCAUUUCCGGAACCGGUCAAACCGAAAGAUGUGCAAUUUUUCCUAGCAAACAUUCUGUAUCUGUUUGAAGGUAUAGUACAGUACACCAACGACAAUCGCAGCCCCUUCCAUGUGAAUGCAGAGGAUGCGUGCAGGAUAAUGACGAAUAGCAGCGAGCCGAGUCACAUGAAGCGAAUCAAACAAGUUUUUGACCUCUAUAACAGUUAUUACGAAAAAGAGCAGCAAUGCAACGAUAACAGCUACAGCAAAUUUAUGGAAGAGUUAGGCAAUGCGAAAUACGAUAAAUGGGAUAUUGGUUCGUAA